CCGCAAACUUGUGCAACAAAGGAGAGACUCGACCUCGCGCCCGUUCACGGUGAGGAGCGAUAUCGCCCCAGUGUUUUUCAUGUCACCGCGGGACAGACGCUCGCCCAGAUGGAGAUGUCAGCCCGGCGCCGGUGGGAGCACGUCCUGAUCGUGGCCGCCGCCUUCCUGUCACCUGCCUUCGUGGUGCUAUGUAACGACAUCCUGGGCCUGAAGGUGGCAGGCGACCCUGUGUUGACCCCCAACACGGUGUGUCUACGUCUGGCUGGCCUGAGCAAGCGGCAGAUGCGGCUGUGUGUGCGCAGCCCAGACGUGACGGCCUCAGCCCUGCAAGGGAUCCAGGUGGCUCUCCACGAAUGCCAGCACCAGCUCCGUGACCAGCGCUGGAACUGCUCCUCACUGGAGAGCCACGGCAAGCUGCCUCAUCAGAGCGCCAUCCUCAAGCGGGGCUUCCGAGAGAGUGCCUUCACACUGUCACUGCUGGCAGCAGGAGUGGCUCACUCCGUAGCGUCAGCCUGCAGCCUGGGAAAGCUGCGUGGUUGUGGGUGUGAGGCCAAACGCCGGCUGGACGAUGACAAGAUACGCCUGAAGCUAACCCAGCUGCAGCUUCAGACCUUGCAGAGGGGCGGUGGGGCCAUGAGAGCAGCUUACAGCCCUCCGUCCUCAUCAAGCCAGCUUAAUUCUCAUCCUGCAGAGUUGCUGUCCAACUCAGCACACCCUGCCUCACUUCUCGACUCCCUCCCUGGUGACACCUCCCCGUUUCAGGACACCUGGGAGUGGGGGGGUUGCAGUCACGAUGCCCGCUUUGGGGAACGUUUCUCCCGUGAUUGGCUGGACUCCCGAGAAUCCCCACGUGACAUCCAUGCCCGAAUGAGGAUGCACAAUAACCGGGUUGGGCGACAGGUAGUGACAGACAACAUGAAGAGGAAGUGCAAGUGCCAUGGGACGUCGGGCAGCUGCCAGUUCAAAACCUGCUGGUACGUGUCUCCGGAAUUCCGACUGGUGGGAUCACUCUUACGGGAAAAGUUCCUCUCAGCUAUCUUCAUCAACUCCCAGAACAAGAACAACGGUGUCUUCAACACUCGGUCCAGGACGGGGGCAGGACAGGAUCGAGGCCGGCGUAGGGGAGUCUCCCGGGAACUGGUCUACUUCGAGAAGUCGCCCGAUUUCUGCGAGCGGGAGCCCGCCCUGGAUUCACCGGGUACCCAGGGGCGGAUCUGCAACAAAACCAGCCCUGGCAUGGAUGGCUGCGGCUCGCUGUGCUGUGGCCGUGGCCACAACAUCCUUAGGCAGACGCGCAGCGAGCGCUGCCACUGCCGCUUUCACUGGUGCUGCUACGUGCUCUGCGACGAGUGCCGCGUCACGGAGUGGGUCAAUGUGUGCAAGUGACGGUCACGUUUGUGUCUGAGUGUGAGCUGUUCGUUUGUGGCGACCCCAUCUGACUUGGAUCCCAUGGACGACAGACCUUCCACACACAAUGCUCGUGCUCUUGGCCCGUAACUGUGGACCCCCGCUUGCAGAGCUGGGGCAGUGGGAGAGUAUACCCACCCGCUUGGUUUCUGCCUGUUUUCUUCCCUCUGUCAUGCUCAUAUUAUCUGUUUAUCCACUUUUCCUCUCAUUUUAUCCUGUCAUCUGGGAUCCAUUUUCAUUUUGUUGCUGUUGUUAUUCUCAAAAUGCCAAGUUUGAGAUUGAGGAGAUUGAGGAGGAGAUGACUCAAGUCAUUUAUCUUUCUUCUCCCUGUUUGGAGAGUCUUUUCAGCAAUGAAAAUGCCCGAAACUUCACACACUUUCUGCUGGAGAGCAAACAAACAAACAAGAGA